CCACAGUUUCGACAGACUCAAGCGGCGGUUUUCUCUCUCUGUCCCUCUGUCUCACGCUCUCUCUCUCAAACACAUUCAUUCAUCUGUAGCAAUUUCAUUCCAUUGCCGUCUUCCCAACCGGAGCCGAACCCCAGCUUCUCCGCCGGCAUGACCUCCAUUACCUCCGUCCAGCUGAACUACCUCGUCUUCCGCUACCUCCAGGAGUCAGGGUUCACCCACUCGGCAUUUGCAUUGGGAUAUGAGGCUGGAAUCAAUAAAUGCACGAUUGAUGGCAAUAUGGUUCCUCCAAGUGCUCUUAUUACUUUAGUGCAAAAAGGACUUCAGUACUUGGAGAUGGAAGCAAAUUUGAGUAAUAAUGAUGCAGAUGUAGAUGAAGAUUUCUCAUUCCUGGAACCACUAGAUCUUAUCACUAAGGAUGUCUAUGAGCUGCGGAAAAUUAUAAGAGAGAAAAAGAAAAAUCUGCAGAAGGAAAGAGAUAAAGAUAAGGAUUUAGAUAGGGAACAGGAAGCUGAGCGAGGUAGGGCAAGAGAGAAGGAUAGAAUUGAAAGAGAGAAGGAGCAUGAAAAGGAUCGUGGAAGGAAAGAAAAAGAAAAAGAGCAACAAAAGCAGCGUGAGGAUCACAAAGAAAAAGAAAUGGCUACCGAUCCAGAGGGAGGAGAUAAUACAAAACAUGACGAAAAUGGAGCUUCUGCAGGGAUAGGACCUGAACCGAUGGAUAUCUCUGCUGCCCCAUCUGUUGUAGCAUGUGAGAUUCCUAGUUCGGAUGUGACAAUCUUGGAAGGACACACUUCUGAGGUUUGUGCCUGUGCUUGGAGUCCCACUGGAUCACUUCUUGCUUCAGGGUCUGGGGAUUCAACUGCUCGUUUAUGGACUAUAGCUGAUGGGGCCUCUAGGUCCAGUGCACAGAAUGGUCCACUGAAUGUGCUUGUUUUGAAGCAUGUUAAGGGAAGAACGAACGAGAAGAGCAAGGAUGUCACGACACUUGACUGGAAUGGGGAGGGUACGUUGCUUGCAACUGGCUCUUAUGAUGGACAAGCAAGAAUUUGGAGUACAAAUGGGGAACUAAAGACCACAUUGAGUAAGCAUAAAGGACCCAUAUUCUCUCUAAAGUGGAACAAGAAGGGCGACUAUCUUCUUACAGGGAGCUGUGACAGAACUGCUAUUGUCUGGGAUGUGAAGGCAGAGGAAUGGAAACAGCAGUUUGAAUUUCAUACAGGUCCCACACUUGAUGUUGAUUGGCGGAACAAUGUCUCUUUUGCAACAAGUUCAACAGACAACAUGAUAUAUGUUUGCAAAAUUGGAGAGACCCGACCUGUCAAAACUUUUGCAGGCCAUCAGGGUGAAGUGAACUGUGUCAAAUGGGAUCCAACAGGUUCAUUGUUGGCCUCUUGCUCUGAUGAUAUUACUGCAAAGAUAUGGAGUAUGAAACAUGACAAAUACCUUCAUGAUUUGAAGGAGCACUCUAAGGAAAUAUAUACUCUCAGAUGGAGCCCAACGGGACCUGGCACGAAUAAUCCUAAUCAGCAAUUAGUUCUUGCAAGUGCAUCAUUUGAUUCAACGGUAAAAUUGUGGGAUGUGGAAUUGGGAAAGCUGAUCUACAGCUUGAAUGGACACAGGGGUCCUGUAUACUCCGUUGCAUUCAGCCCCAAUGGGGAGUACCUUGCAAGCGGGUCUCUCGACAAUUCCGUCCACAUCUGGUCUCUCAAGGAGGGCAAGAUUGUGAGGACAUACACAGGCAGUGGAGGUAUAUUCGAGGUCUGUUGGAACAAGGAAGGUGACAAGAUUGCAGCAUGUUUCGCAAACAACACGGUCUGCGUCUUGGACUUCAGAAUGUAAAUCCUUGCUUCCCCCAGAAUGAUUCGUAGGGUUUCUGGUGGAUGAGAAGUGUAAUGUAUGCUUAACCAUCGUCAGGGAGUAGUUAGAUUUCUAGCAGCUGAUCAUUUGCCAUUUGCCGUUUGCCGUUUGCCUUGUUUAUGAUUAGAAGUGAAAGCUCCAAGUUACUGUCAGAGGUGGGAGUAGUAGGAAACUUUGUGUAUAUGUAGCUGCGAAAUUGUAAUCAAUCAUUGCAUGCUCCUAAUUGAUUUGCAAAUUGUGCGCUCCAUUCUGUUA